AUGGCGAAGACGACCAAAUUUCAAGGUUCGCAGUUCAACGUCGAUGCCCUUGUCACGUUGGCAGGUGCACUUCGAAACCAGCCAUGCACUUGCGAUAUAUCAAAACCACCUACGGCCGGAAGCAUGAACUGGGCCGUCAUCGUAGCCUUCGAUGAUGGAGUCGAGUGGAUCUUUCGCUCCCCACAUUCCGGAAUGCGAGCAUUUUUUGACGAAAAGACUGCAUGCAAGCUACUUUCAAGUGAGGUCGCUACCCUCGAGUACAUCAGGUCGCACACUACGGUCCCGGUUCCAGAGGUUUUUGCGUCCAGUGCUUCAUGUGAAAAUGACAUCGGAGUGCCGUACAUCGUUAUGAGCAAAGCGGCCGGGCAUUCCCUUGCAGAAUACGACUGGCGGUGGCAAGCCCAUCAACCACCACAGUCCUCGCUAAUCCGACCGCUCCGACCGCUCUCACAAACAGAUAUGGAGAAAAUUAUGAGCCAGCUUGGGGCCAUGACGCUACAGCUAUGGCAACUUCGUCUGAAUAAAGUCGGAUCCCUGUUCCAGGAUGGCAACGAUGGUUUUGUGGUGGGGGAGUGUCUCUCCCCGUCGCUCAUGUGGCAGCAAAGGGAUUCGCUCGAAGGAAUCGACCGGGGUCCCUUCAGCGAUGAGCGUGCAUACUUCAAUGCUCUUCUCUCGGCCUACAUAUCCCACGCAGAGGAGCUUCCCUUCGCUGUAAACCGGUGGAACGACUUCGUCACGAUUGGGCAGAAGAUCGAUCACAGCAACAACCGGCUUGCCUACUGCAUCGCGGGCCAGCUGAUGCGCGAGAUGUCAUUGCACCUGUGCAGUGGCACGGCUGAUGGGGGCUUCCCACUCGGCCACCCUGACCUCAACACCGGGAAUAUCUUCGUUGAUCAAGACUUAAACAUCACUUGCAUCAUUGACUGGACUUCUGCGUCAUCGGGCUCGGUCUCUCCACCCGAUUCGUCGCUCAUUGCCGCCUUCAGAGCCGGUUUUGAACGAGCAUCCGGCGGUGCACAACUGGGUCCGAACACCUGGGAACAAGCCGACAUGAUGUGUUUUUUCCAGCGACUCGUGGGCAUGCGUGGAAUUCGGGACUAUCACCACUUCGAGGCCUUCUACGCGCUGAUCCAUGCCUCCAAGUGGGGGAAGGACGACGACGACGACGAAUCUGUCAACAUACCGGGGCUGUUUGAAGCCUACGCACAGCGCGCCGAGAACAGAUUGCUUUUAGACGAGUUACGUGAGGGAGACUGGUCCGCGGACUACAUCCGAGAGCAAGAGCAGGCUAGCUUCGGUAGCGCUGGGGCUGCAAAUGAUGGCAGGGUGGCCGUGGCGAGGAAGCUGACGCUCAUGUUGGAAAUGAACAAGAGGUUUGUGGCGGAUCGGAGACUGUGGCAGUGGAUUGAAGAGGCGCUGAAAUACUCUAAUUAA